GUUGUUGUGUCACUGAAGAAACUCACCUGAACAUCACGAUGAUACGCGGUGUUAUUCUCAUCGCGGCGUGUCUGGCGGCGGUGGCUGCUCUGCCCAUUGAACCAAAUGAGAACAGAAUGGCGUAUGUAAUGGAUAACAUGACAGCCAUUUGGAAAGAGAUAGCGGAGAUUCACCAGGAUAUCAACCUCCACCUCCACGGCGGCCACCAGGAACAAAACCACGAUAAGAUCGUAAAGGAGGUGGAAAUGCUCCUCCAUGAGCAUGAAGCGCACCAUCUUCACCAUCAACACCAAGGACACGAGGAUCACCAUAACGAGGAGUUGCUACAACACUUAGAAGACACUCACGGACACGGGCAUGAGGACGACCAUCACGACGACCAUCUCCAUCACGAUCAUGACCACCAUGAACACCAUCACCAUGACCACCACGAUGUCCACGACCACCAUGAAGACCACCACCAUGAGGACGAUCACCACGACGACCACCAGCAUGAGGAGCACCAUGAGGACGACCAUCACGACGACCACCAACACGAAGAACACCAUGAAGACGACCACCACGACGACCACCAGCACGAAGAACACCAUGAGGACGACUACCACGACGACCACCAGCAUGAGGAGCACCAUGAGGAUGACCAUCACGACGACCACCAGCACGAAAAGCACCAUGAGGACGACCACCACGACGACCAUCAGCACGAAAGGCACCAUAAAGACGACCACCACCACGAUCAUCAGCAUGAAGAGCAUCAUCACGACCACCACCAAGAAGACGACCACGAUUCUCACGGUCUGCACGAAAAAAUGUAAGUGCGAAGAGAGAUUAGUGAGAGAGGAUGUGAUUUUAGUUCUCAUUCUCUGUGUUUACAUGGAGGGGAAGAUAACAAAUUCUUUCUGCCUGUGUAAAUGGUGUUAUACUACUUUGUCCUCGAAAAUGAAUAGAGGAAUAAUUAGUAUGAUUUUAUGUAUCUAUGUUAUAGAUACAUGUUAUACAGUGUCACACUCAGAUGUUUUUUAUCACCGGUCAGUUUGUAAGUAUUUCGUAGAACAAAAGGUACGGUUUCCUGCUUCAAAA